CCUGCGGUGCGAGAGGAUUGUCGCCUUGGCAACCAAAGGUGAAAAACGAAAAACAAAAUAAAGGAGCCUGCUAUACGGGAAAGUGCUGCCUAGAUCGAAGCGAAAAUAAGUGCACAAAAGGCGAUUAUCGGUUCGAAAAUUAGAAAAUAUCCGCGUCCGGAGAGUUGUUCCGUACGGUGGCAAUAGUUUAGAGCCGUGAAUCGAUCGGGUCGAAGUGCUAAAUAGUCGCGAAUCGCGGGGGUUCCCUGCGGUGGUCGAUCGGUCCUGGACUGGAGGAGGUGUGCGUGUGCAAUAUGUCGUGAAGCGUGUCAACUUUAGCAAGCGGAUUCUAAUCGACGGAGUGGGUGGUUGCGAGCUGCUGCUAUCCGUUCUCGGCGUUGUGCAAUAUAAAGAAAAUAUUCUUACUCCGGUUGCUUUCUCCGGCAGGCAAGCGGAUUUGUGUGCGUGCCCUUACCCAGCUCGGAAACCUGUGUGUCCUGUGGAAGAAAACUGCGAUUCUGGCCGGAAAAGAUCGUUUUUGCCUCUUAUUCACUUUUUGUUGUUGUUGUUGUUGUGUGAAAUUAGUGUUUGUGUGUAUGGGGAUUCUCCGUAUCGAAGAAAAAGUGUCGAUUGAUACCGUGGGAUUCCUGUUGUGCAGGAGGAACUGGUUCCAGCUCCAGGAUGAUGGUGACUAGAGGAGGAGUGGAGCAGAAGAAGGAUCAAUCUAGAAUGAUCGCCUUAUAUCCCAUAAUCACCCGAGAGCCUUAAACUCGCAACAGCAGCGUUUCAUUUUACCGUAUACCAAAUAAACCGUGCAUGAAUAUCCAAUUAUAGGGCAUAGAUUCAACACCAUAUCAUAUUGGUAAUCGAUCCGUACUACCUACUAGCAUAACCAAUACAGGGUUCACAAAAGUAAUAUCUUUUCAAACAUAUGAUUAAAGUAUUUUUAAAUCACACUUACAAAUUCCUAUCAUAAAAAAGCAAAGUUUACCAAAAUUCCUCAAAACUAAAAACAAAACAAAAAAAUCCAAGCGAAAUGGCAACCCGUCUGGCAACGCAACGUAGUUUCAUAACGGUAACCCCAAUCGCGAAUUCUGCUACUGCUGCGACCCCCACAAGUACGGUAGUUGCGACGUCAACCUCCUCACCGAGUCCGAGCGAUGGCUCUCCAAUAGCGGCCGUAACCUCGCCAACAACGACGGCUCCAGCAAUCACAAUGAUUCCGGCCAGUACGCUCAAAAACGGUAGUACCGGGAAAACGAUCGCAGUCAGCGCGGCCAAUCAGGCUGUGGCAGCCGCUACCACAACACCGACACCGGUCAUACCGACCAGCCUGAUUGCCAACAAUCUUAGCAUUGCGAAUCUUCUCGGCACCGCCAAUGGAGGUUUGACGCUGCAGCAGAUCAUUCAGCAGUGUACUACAUUGCAGAAGAAAAUCGUGAUCCAUCCCAAUGGCACUGUGAUCGAUAUUGUCCCGCUCGAUGAAACCGAAUCGCCGGAGGAUUCCAAGAUCGGAAUGCAGCUAACGGCAGCGGCGGCAGUCGAUGGGGACACAGCGACAGCCAAUGGCAACGGUCAGCAGCACGUGACCGCUCAGGUUGCCGUUGUGCAGGCACAAAGCCCAACGGAAGGAGGCCCACAGUACAUCACGGUGACGGUGUCAUCUCCAGAUAACGUCCAGAAUCAUCAUACCUACGUUCAGUAUGUUGAUUCCGAUAUGUACACCGCCACCGGACAGGGACAGACGCAAAUGACCUACCCGGUGUACGCAGUCGGUGAUUACAGCUCCACCGGCGGACAGCAGUAUUACACUACCAGUGGUGCCAGUGGUGGAAAUGCCGGCGGUAGCACAGGAACAAACACCGGCGGCACCGGUGGUUCCGGAAGUGGCAAUUACAGUGCAUCAUCCGGCGGCGGCAGUUCACACUCGUCAAGCGGAACUGGUGGUGGCACGAACGGAAAUGGCCCAUCCGGUGGAGGCGGCGGCGCCGGCGUUGGUGGUGGUGGUGGCGGUGUUAAUACAGGAGCAGGCAACGGCACCAGCAAUCAACAGUACAUUGUUCCGGUAGAUGAAGCCACGUUGCUCGGAACGGCGGCCACAAACGGGGCGCACCAGCGUGAUUCACCGCAAACCAUGACGGACGUGGCUUCGUACAUACAAUCGCACCAGGUGUCGCACCAUUCCAACUCGACGACGCCUACACCGGACGUGGAUCCGACGCCGAGUCUGAGCCAUGCCACCCGCGUCUCUCCAGCGACGGUCGCUUGGCUGGUCGAGAACUACGAAAACGCCGAGGGUGUCAGUUUGCCACGGUCCACGCUGUACAACCACUACAUGCGCCAUUGCAACGAACACAAACUGGACGCGGUGAAUGCUGCCAGCUUUGGGAAACUGAUCCGAUCGGUUUUCACCGGACUGCGAACUCGACGGUUGGGAACGCGGGGUAACAGUAAGUACCACUACUACGGGAUACGGAUCAAACCGGGAUCAGCUCUGAACAACGCCAUGGACGAUAGUAAGCCAAUGAAUGCUAGUCAUCUGAACAACAACAACAACAAUAGUCACAGUCAUAAUCAGAACACGAUGGGUGGCGCUGGUCACGGGGGUGGUGGUGGAGUCGGAGGGAUGGGUCACGGUGGAUCGAUAAACCACCGUGGAUCGAAGAAGGGCUUGAUGAAGAAUGAAAUCCCGGAAUCGUGUACUCAGUAUUUGGGAGAUGCGUCAGGUGCCAUUGCACAGUUCCCGGUGAUCAGCCUGAAUCACCCGCUUCCCGAGGAUAUUAGUUUAGAAGAUGUCGAUACGCUGCAGUCGAUCUACCGCGAGCAUUGCGAAGCCUUCCUGGAUGCCAUAUUGAGUCUGGAUUUCAACACGAUCGAGUCACUUUGGCGCGAAUUUUGGCGAGCCGAGAACAACAACAACAAUGCGGAUGAGUGCGAGGAGGAGAAGUACCUCAGUAAAACCAAGCUGUACGUGCUGACCCAAUGUGAACCGGUUCAGGACUUUAUCAAACAGGUCGACUUUAUGUUCUACCAAAACAUGGUUGAGGUUCUGAUUCCGGAUGUGCUGCGUCCGAUCCCAACCGGACUGACCCAAGCGAUUCGUAACUUUGCCAAAAAUCUCGAGAGCUGGCUCUCGUCUGCGAUGAGCGGUUGCCCGGAGCCAAUCGUAGCCAUCAAGCUAUCGGCGGUGGCCGCUUUUGGGCAGACAUUGCGGCGCUAUACGUCCCUGAAUCAUCUGGCUCAGGCUGCUAGGGCAGUGCUGCAGAACAGCACCCAGAUCGCUCAGAUGCUCAACGAUCUCAACCGGGUCGAUUUCCGGAACGUGCAGGAGCAGGCCUCCUGGAUUUGUCAAUGCGAUACGGCUACAGUGCAGCGAUUGGAGAAUGACUUCAAGGCUGCUCUCCAGCAGCAGAAUACCUUGGAACAGUGGGCCAGCUGGUUGCGGGCGGUGGUUGAUGACGCCUUGGAAGAGUAUCGUGGUAAACCGUCGUUUGUGAGCGCUGCCAGACAAUUUCUGCUAAAGUGGAGCUUCUAUAGCUCAAUGGUGAUUCGGGAUUUGACGCUCCGCUCGGCGGGUAGUUUCGGAAGUUUCCACCUGAUACGACUGCUGUACGACGAGUACAUGUUCUUCAUUAUCGAACACAAGGUGGCAGAGGCGACGCAAACCACGCCGAUUGCCGUCAUGGGCGAGAAAGACUACGGUCGCCAACAGCUGCAUUCGCAACACCAACAACAGCAGCAGCAGCAGCAGCAACAGCAACAGCAGCAUUCCCAGCAAACGCAUCCGGAUGAUAUGAGCAGCAUGUUGUACACGUCCGACUUCGAAGUGGUCAACGUCAAAAUGGAACCGAGUGCGAAGCGCAUGCGCAGUUAGUCAAUUUUCUCCACCACUGGUGUUGUCGAUGGCUACCACCAGCACCAGAACGCUGCAUUGCUAUCGCAGUGCCACCGGGAGGGGUUCAGACAUUCAACGACAACGAUACCGGCGACGGAGCCAGCGCAAACUGCAACCUGGUACCUGGCCCCGUCGUCGUCCUCGUCGCCAUCCAACAACAGCAGUACCGGGGCCAGCGGGGAAGCGGAAUCGCCGUCGUCCCCGUUUGCCUCCUUCUACUGUGGCCAUUAGCAUCGAAUCGCAAAACUCAAUUGUAUAGUUGUGUAAGUCACUAGUUUGUAGGUUUAGCCGAGUGUGUGCUAAAGAGAUUUUUUAUUUAUUCGUAUGCCCUUCAUUUCUAGUUUUUAUGUGUCUUUUUCGUUGAAUUUGUUUCGUCCGUUCUCCUAAGUUUGUAUGUUGAUUUGUUCCCCGUGCAUGGACGAGGACUAUUAUUAGUCAAUUGUAAAUACACCUUCCUAGAUUUCUUUUUCCAAAUUAUACGUACUGUUAGCAAGAGUUUCCCAUUCUAUUUAUUUAUCCCAAACUAAUUUAUUUGCACGAGCUCAACAACUUAUUCUUAAGAUAGCUAUCGAAACACACUCACAAAUCUACUAUUUAUUAAACCUACUAUUAGAACGUUACGAAACAAAGCUAAGGAAAAAUCUGUCGUUUCCGUGUUUUUUUCUG